AUGUAUAUUUCAACCAUCUUCUUCGGUGCUGUUCUCUAUCUUGCUUCGUCUUCCGAAGCCAAGCAGAUCAACCGCACACAGAUAUCCCAGUCUAUUAUGUCAAAGACAGCUACCGCUGUCACUGCUUCACAGACCGCGGCUAUUCUUAACGCUACUGUCCUCGACUGCUUCUUGACUCUUCCAGCCAGUCCAUUGACCGCUCAAGGACUUUCAACUCCUUUCCUGCUCAAGGCACCAUGCAGCCAGAGUGUAGCCACCCAGCAGGCCUUUGCUGAAGCUGCAAUAUUCGACCCAACUACUGGAACCAUCAGCAUCUAUCAUCCUCUCGUUAUCGACGCUGGAACAAAUCCAGCUGCGGCUCCCGUGGUGCCAACACUUCCUACUGGAGCUGUGGUUGGUUUGUGGUUCGGAUUUAAUGGUGGAACUCUGCAGCUACUCGACACGAAUGGAGAAAAUGCUAACACAUCGCCGACAUUGAAAACCGCCAACUGUAUCAAUGGACUUCCAGGUACUCAAGGAGACGUCUUCGGCCAAGUUUCCUGGUGCAAUGCUGAACAAUGGUUCACUGCCGCAAAUACUGGUGUCUCUUCUGGCAAGACUGUCAUCCCUGAUCUCGGGGUGGAUAAGCUUGGCAAUGCUUGUCCAACGAGUCGCUCUUUUGAGAUCACUGAUGCUUGUCCAUCUGACAAUGUCCCAACACAGUAUCUACUUCUUGCAAAUGGUCAGUUGGCACAAGACACAGCAGCGAACCGUGCCGCAAACCCCGAUGCGACUGUCAUCAACAAUGCUUCCGAUGAAGCACUCCUUACAAACAUCAUCGACCCUCUCAUUGGCUGCACUCCAUUCGUUGCACCAUCCUUGGAUGACCCUGGAUCCAGUGUUCCUGCUCUAGCUUUGUCCGAACUUCAGGCUUCCGCAAAACAAGCAGCCCCCAUUGGUUUGGUUCCAUUGAACGAUCCAGAUUGUCUUCUUACUGCAGGUGGAACAGUAAGCACCACAAAGACAAAUACAUAUCGCCUUGGAGUCAAUCAACCAGUUAUCAGCAGUACAGCCAACGGCGAACUUGUUCCAUAUUGCCAAGAUAUGGUCUCUGUGGCACCCCCGUUCCUCUCCGGGUUUCAAACCGUAUUUUCCAACGCAGCUUCCCCUGAUCUUUGUGUGGGCACCAACCUCUUCACUUUCUUGGCCAAUCGAUACCUCAUGUCAUUGACACAACUCACUUGUCCCGCCUCUUCGAUUCCCUUCCAACCGGUGGUGUGUAAACUUAACGGCAAUGGGGUAGCGACUGCGUGUACUAUUACCCUCACAAAUGGGACUACAACAGGAAGUACGAGUACCAAAGCAACCAGCUCGGUCUCAGCGACUUCAAAAGCUGUAACGUCCGUAAAGGCCUCAUCAUCAGUGAAGGCAGUGUCAGUUGCCACAUCUAUCAAAGCAUCUGCCUCCACCUCAGUCAAGGGAUCUAUCUCCACCUCGGCCAAAGCAAUUACCAAAGACAGCAGUACAUUAGCCACUUCCUUCAAACUCGGCACAACAAGUCUAGCAAAUAACGUUGCCACCUCAAGCAUCACCACCCCACCAUCUUCAACCACAGCCCUCAGCACCGUUGCCGCAUUAUCAUCCAAAACCCAGCAAACAAAAACCAUCCUCGUCGAAAUAAUAACCUUCUUCAUCUUCCUCCCCGCCCUGGGCUCCCCUCCCCCCGGCGUAACAUCCAACAGCACCGGCUUCCUCGUCGAGGAAGCCCUCUUCCUCUCCCUCCCCGCUGCCGCCUCCGCAGCCUGCACCUCGCAAUUCAACGCCUGCGCGGCGCUCGCGGGCUCAGCGUUCUCCGGGACCGAUUGUUUGGAUCAACUGAAUAGCUGUCAGGGUGUCGCGACGACGGCGUCGCAGACGGCGAGUGCGCCUGCGACGGUCACAGCUAGUGUGCAGAUCCCGGUGAGCGGGACGGGGACGGUUAGUUUGGCAGGCGUCACGAGUGCGUUGGGUACCGGAGGGGAUGCUUGUGCGCCGGUUACGGUCACGAUUGGGCAGGGGAGUGUGGGGACGAAUGUUCCGAGGGCGGUGCAUGGGCAUGGGAAGUUUGGGCUCUUUAGACAUUAG